AUGGACAUGUUGCAACAUGCGGCUACAGUGAAUGGCUCGGUGCCUUCAGAUACCAAUAUCACGGACGACACGAAUGCGUCCGCGAACCAAAGACUCGCGGACACCGGCAACUCGUUUGACGCUGACACCCCCUCAGUCAAUGUGUCAGUCGAGCUUGAUGGAAUGGACACGAACCUUUCUUGGACGAGGGAGAAUGUCUCGGACGACGUGACCACUAGCAAUGGCUCUGCGUUCGCCCUGCCCUGGCAUGAGAACGUUUCCGAAGAUGUUCUGGAAGACGCCAACGAGUCCGCUGAGAUUGAUGACGUGGGCUGGAACUUUUCAGACUGGACGGAGGAGAACGCUUCAACGGAAGUGAACACCAGCAACGGCUCCUCGGUCAUCUGGCAGGAGCAUGUGGCAGUCGCAGGAAACGCGUCUGCCAAUGACAGCGAUGUCCGAGAUGUCAAUGUGUCGGUCGAGAUUGAUGGAAUGGACUCGAACCUGUCAGAGUGGACGAGGGAGAAUGCCUCGGACGACGUGACUACUAGCAAUGGCUCUGCGUUCGUCGAGAGCAUUCCACUCCCCGAAAACGCAUCUUUCAAUGACAGCGAUGUCUGGAGGCACACCGACGUCGCCGAUAACGCCUCGGUCGGCCCUGAUGAUGAGAACGUUUCCGAAGAAUUUCUGGAAGACGCCAACGAGUCCGCAGAGCUUGAUGACGUGGGCUGGAACUUCUCAGACUGGACCGAGGAGAACGCUUCAGAGGCAGAGAACACCAGCAACGGCUCGGUCAUCAUCUGGCAGGGCAUGGCAGUCGCAGAGAACGCGUCUGCCAAUGACAGUGAUGCCUGGCGCCAGCCGGACCCUGCCGUUCCCUACAACACCUCGGUGGCUCAUGAAGCUGGCAAUGCAUCUGAAGAGCGGCUGGAUGAUGUCAAUGAGUCGGUCGACCUUGAUGGAAUGGACACGAACCUGUCAGAGUGGAUGAGGCAGAAUGCCUCGGACGACGUGGCCACUAGCAACGGCUCGGCGGUCGUCGUCGAGAGCAUUCCACUCCCCGACAACUCGUCUUUCAAUGACAGCGACGUAGCCUACAACGCCUCUGAUGAGAACGUUUCCGAAGAUGUUCUGGAAGACGCCAACGAGUCCGUAGAGCCUGCUGACGUCGGCUGGAAUCUCUCAAACUGGAGCCUUGGCUAA